GGCCUCCCAGAGGGGGGCCACUCAAGCCUGUGAUUUGUCAGGGAAAUCUCAGCCACCUGCUCCCCUCAUGCAAAUAGACCCUAACCCCUGACAGCUGCUCCUUGGGCCUCCGACUCUAAGCCCUUUCUUCCCUCUCUGAGUUUGGCUGAGACUUAGGGCAGCCUGAUCCCUCUGGCUCCUGCCUUCACAGCCCCAGCAGGACCCCGUGAGUCAUGGGGCAAGGAGUGGGCCAAACCCCAGGUGGGAGCAGGGGAGGGGGUUGCCCUCCACUUGCCAUCCUUUCUUUACCGAAAGCAGGGGCAGUCGUGUCCAUCCUUCUCUUGAGAUCCCCUGUACCUCCCCCACCCACCAGCAUCAGACCCAGGGGCAGCUGGUUGGGGUUUGUUGGGAAGAAGGAUUAUCCAGAUCAGUCCUUCUAAUCUAAGCUCCUACCUGCACCCUCCCCAUAUUCACCGUAACCCUCUUCCCCCACCACCCCGAGCUAAGGAACAAAGUUUUGGGUGUUGACAAUGGGUCAUCUCUCACCCUUAUAUUCUGGCUCCUGGCCUGGUUGCUAGGUAGGCCCUGACUGCCAGAUCAUCACCAUUGGUGAGGCCAGGGCCUGGGGGGCCACUGGGGCUGUGAUUCUGCUGCUCCUCUGCACCCCUCCCAACCCCAACCCUUAAUCCUCACAGCUUUGCUCUAAUCCCACAGGGCCUGAUGCUCUUUCUCUGCCCACAGAGAGACUGGCCAGGGAAGCACCCCUUCAACCCCUCCUCCCUCCAGGGCUUGUUGUGGGGGCUGCUCCUCUCUAUAGCCCCACACUCCUGCUCCCUGCCCUCCCCCCGGCUGGGCGCAAGUCUCUCUAGAAGCCUCACACCUCCCUCCGUCCUCCCCCCCCCCCCGCUGCUGAUUUCAUUUCCCUGACGUAGUUGGCCCUACCCUUCCCUGUCAGUGUCCCCCACCCAGAGUCGGGGCCAGGCCAGGCCAGCUCCUCUGGCAGCAGAGCUGGGGCAGGUGACAGGCGGGCAUCGCAGCUGAGGGAGUGAGGAGGCGCCUGGGAGCUGGAAACCUAGGAGAGGUCCAGGCAGAGCCCAAGAGCCGGAGCCAGCCCUCGACCUGUCAGCCAUGGGGGAGAUGGAGCAGCUGCGGCAGGAAGCGGAGCAGCUCAAGAAGCAGAUCGCAGACGCCAGGAAAGCCUGUGCUGACAUUACUCUGGCAGAGCUGGUGUCUGGCCUAGAGGUCGCAGGACGAGUCCAGAUGCGGACACGGCGGACAUUACGAGGACACCUGGCCAAGAUCUAUGCCAUGCACUGGGCCACUGACUCCAAGCUGCUGGUAAGUGCCUCGCAAGAUGGGAAGCUGAUCGUGUGGGACACCUACACCACCAAUAAGGUUCAUGCCAUCCCGCUGCGCUCCUCCUGGGUCAUGACCUGUGCCUAUGCCCCGUCAGGGAAUUUUGUGGCAUGUGGGGGGCUGGACAACAUGUGCUCCAUCUACAGCCUCAAAUCCCGAGAGGGCAAUGUCAAGGUCAGCCGGGAGCUCUCUGCUCACACAGGUUAUCUCUCCUGCUGCCGCUUCCUGGACGACAACAACAUUGUGACCAGCUCCGGGGACACCACGUGUGCUCUGUGGGACAUCGAGACCGGGCAGCAGAAGACAGUGUUUGUGGGACACACGGGGGACUGCAUGAGUCUCGCUGUAUCUCCUGACUUCAAACUCUUCAUUUCGGGGGCCUGUGACGCCAGCGCCAAGCUCUGGGACGUGCGUGAGGGGACCUGCCGGCAGACUUUCACUGGCCAUGAGUCGGACAUCAACGCUAUCUGCUUCUUCCCCAACGGAGAGGCCAUCUGCACGGGCUCGGACGAUGCCUCCUGCCGCCUGUUUGACCUGCGGGCCGACCAGGAGCUGACCGCCUACUCCCAUGAGACCAUCAUCUGUGGCAUCACGUCCGUGGCCUUCUCCCUCAGCGGCCGCCUGCUCUUUGCAGGCUACGAUGACUUCAACUGCAACGUCUGGGACUCCAUGAAAUGCGAGCGUGUGGGCACCCUCUCUGGCCACGACAACAGGGUCAGCUGCCUGGGGGUCACAGCUGAUGGGAUGGCUGUGGCCACUGGUUCCUGGGACAGCUUCCUCAAAAUCUGGAACUGAGGAGGCUGGAGGAGAGGAGGUCAAAAGGCCAUGAAGACACUCAGCUUCCCCCUCCCCGGCCCAAUUUCUUUACGGUUUUCUCUUCUAUACCCCACGCAACCCUGGGCAGCCAUUCCCACCAAGCUUUCUCCUUUGAGGGCAGUGGGGAAUAUGGGGAGUGUGCCUUUGGGAGGCAGAAUCAGGGACACAGGGGCAAAGAACUGCCCCCUCUCCUCCCAUGGCCUCCUCUCUCCAUGGUCCUGACAGCUUCUCCCUGAAUGAGCAAGGACAAUGGACCCCUCCCCAGCCCCUGGCAGGUCUAGCAGGCUUCUAGUCUGAGGCCCCAGGCCCUAGGAUUCCUCCCCCAGAGCCACUACCUUUGUCUAGACCGGGGUGGCACAGGGUGCUCAGCCCCAGGACUGUGGCUUUGGCACCACUUGGGUCCCCUUCUCUUUCAUGCUUUCUCCUUUUUCUCUCCUCUUUUUUUCUCUCCUAAAGCACUUGCAAUAAAGUGUAGCACCCUGGUA